GCAAAAAUCCAGCGAUCUUCAAGAAGACAAUACUGCAACCAACAGGCAACAGCUAAAAAAAUUUACCUCCGCCGCGCCGUCUGCCACUGCCCAGCGGCCCAACCGCACGACUCUGCUCGGAACCUCUGUUUUCUCCGGCAUCUAUGGGGUCACCAAACAUCAGAGACUUCUUGACGGCCUUCAGUCCUUCUCUGGACUUCUUUGCUAUCAGCACCGGUGAUGGUCGUAUAAAGAUAUGGGAUACGGUGAAAGGUCAGAUACAAACUGAGUUUGCAGAUAUUGAGUCUUCUGAGGCCCCAAACAUGUUUGCUAAAAAGCAAGAAGGGCACCUUUCCAUGGACUAUACUUGUAUGAAAUGGAUUUCUAUGGACAAAAAGAAAAAAAGGAAGCUUGGAAGUUCAUUAUUGGUAUUGGGAACUGGCGGUGGGGAUGUUUUGGCAUUGGAUGUAUCUGCUGGUCAGUUGAAAUGGAGAGCUUGUGAUUGCCAUCCUGGGGGUGUCACUGCCAUAUCGUUUCCUAAAAGUGGUCGGCUCAUCUAUACUGCAGGUGCAGAUGGGAUGGUUUGUGAACUUGAUACUAUGUCCGGUAACUUGUUGCAGAAGUUCAAAGCUUCUACAAAGAGAAUAUCAUCUAUGUCCAUUUCGUCAGGUGGGGAAGUAUUAGCAACUGCAGCUUCUCAGUUGAAGAUUGUUAACUGUUCGGACCACAAAAAACUGCAGAAGUUUUCUGGCCACCCUGGUCCUGUUCGGUGUAUGGUAUUCUCUGAAGAUGGAAAGUAUCUGCUUUCUUCUGCUGUUGGUGAGAGAUAUAUUGCAGUCUGGAAGUUAGGUGGCAGCAAAAAGCAAUCAGCGUGCUGUUUGCUUGCAAUGGAUCACCCUGCUGUCUUUUUGGAAAGUCGAUGCAUUGCUACUGAUGCAGAUGAAGGAGGCCUUUGUGUUUUGGCUAUCUCUGAGACAGGUGUCUGUUAUUUUUGGCAUGGGAAGAGUACCAAGGAGUUGCGCCAUUGCAAGCCCACCAAGAUAUCCUCUGAUGAGGAAAUGCUGAAGAAAUACAAUGGCACAGUGCCCGGUAUUUUUGCUGCAAAAUUGGAGACUGUUGUUAAACCUGCUUCUUGCCAUGCGUUUCUGGCCCAUGGUUUGCACAUAAAGCCAUCUUUUGAGAAAGUUCUGCUGCAGUCUGGGACAGACCUAAAGUUAAACACUUCACUCGAUGGACUUCUUCUUCCCAUCAGUCAAUCUCGCAAAAGAACAUUGUCCAAAUUACAGAAUCAAGUUACUGCAUUGGAUCGUGCGAAUGCGGAGAAUGCCUUACUUCCUAUGCCUCAUAUUCUUGAUUUGCCUGGUGCAAAGACUGGAGCUAAGCUAGUGGUUAGUAAAGAUGACGAGUGCCAAUAUGAUGCUGAUACUGUUACGAUAUGCAUGGAGGAGCAACUGAGAUCCAUGGGGAUUGUUCGUGAUAAUGAUGAUCCCACUUCUAAGCCAACAUUUGAAUCUGACAAAAUCAAUGGUAUCAAUCUUGAAGCUAGUAUUACGCAGAAGGAGAUAAAGAAAGCUGUUUUAUCUAUGGAACCCAGUGAUGCAUGCAGCUUGUUAGAAAUGCUGAUUGCUGGAUGGCAUUCCAGAUUGUACAAGGCAAAAUAUAUUCUUCCAUGGAUAUAUUGUAUAAUGGCCAAUCACCAUGAUUAUCUUACAUCUCAGGAACCAUAUACCCAUCUUCUAGAUUCCUUAUAUAAGCUUACGAAGUCUAAAGGAGCAGCUCUGAACUCUUUAUUGCAGCUAUGUGGGCGUUUGCAACUUGUAACAGCUCAGUUUGAGAAGGCUGCUAAUAGCCAAAGCAACAUGCUACUACGUGAUGAACAAAUGGAGGAAAGUGAGGAUGAAGAUGUUGAUGAAGUUCGUUAUGGCUUAGAGGAUGAGUCACAAACUAGUAGCGACAACGAUGAUUAAGCAAGUUUUGUAUUUGAAGGGUUUAUUGCUCUUAAUUCUCUAGUUUUUUCAAACCUUGGGCCGCCAAAUGCAUUAAAUAUGCCCCUCUGAUCCAACUUCUCAAUAGCACAUCACGUGAAUUUCAAGGACAGCUGCUUGAAUUGUCUACAAUCUUCGGGAUUUGUAAGAUUCCCUCUUCUGCUGGUAUUGUACAAUUACUUCGCACAAAAUUUGGAACUACCACUCUUGAGCCCGCAACUUCUUUCCAGCAUACAAUGUAUCGAUGCCAUGUCUCCUUAUUGUUGAGCAAUUUUGUCUGGCAUUCUUUCAUUUUUUUUUUUUUUGAAAUAUUUGUGUUGGGAAUGAUAUUACAUCUCGAGAAAGUUCAUCAAGAAUGAUAAAGAAAACUGUUUCCUCAGACCA